AUGGCGAAAUCAAGUAUGACAACAAAAGAAGCUUUGGCAAAAUGGGAAGAAAAAACACAACAAAAAGCUUCAGAAGCAAAAGAAGUUCUACUCUACGGACAAUUUCCACCAAUUGAUAAAAUGGAUGCUUCUAUUUCAACAUUACUCAGUUGCGAAAAAUUAUCUUUAUCAACAAAUAUGAUUGAAAAAAUAGCUAAUCUUAAUGGUUUAAAAAAUUUAAAAAUUCUUUCACUUGGUCGAAAUUUAAUAAAAAAUCUUGUUGGUUUGGAAGCUGUUGGUGAUACACUUGAAGAAUUAUGGAUAUCAUAUAAUCAAAUAGAAAAAUUAAAAGGUAUUGGUGGAAUGAAAAAAUUGAAGGUACUCUAUAUGAGUAAUAAUUCUGUUAAAGAAUGGGGUGAAUUUCAAAAAUUAGCGGAAUUACCAACACUUCAUGAAUUAGUUUUUAAUGGAAAUCCAUUACAUGAUAAAUUUCUAGAAGAUAAUGAUGGUAAACAAGAAAUUUGGCAAGCAGAAGUUCAAAAACGUUUAAAACCAUUAAAAAAACUUGAUGGUUUACAUGUUAUUCGUGAACAAGAAGGUGGUGAAUAA